GUCCCCGAGCGCCUCGCUCGGGCGUUUCCGGGCGUUUCCGGCCGGGCUCUUCGGCAGGUUCCGCGGAGGCCGGGACAUGGCUGCCGGCCGGCAGGGGGAGCGGAGCAUCCGGCGCGGCCUGGCGGGCGCCGCGGCCUGAGCUGGGAGCCGAAACUACACACGAAGAGUAACGUUCUGUGCGUCAGGAAGGAGGGAGCCUCGGCUUGAGCGUGGCCCUGGGAGCCCGUGGACGCUUGCCCUUGAACCGCGGAGCGUAACUAUGCCGUGUGGCUGGUGGGCCCGGCCCAGGAGUGGGGGCGAUGGCUGCUGACGGCGUCGGCCCGGUCACAGGGUCCCCCUCCCGUGUGUCUCUCCACCCGCUGGUCCCCCGUCCCGCCGGCUCACGAGGAAGGACAUGAGCUGCGGCUGGCGGCCGGGGCCUCGGCGCUGCAGGGACGGGCUCGGGGACCAUGCCCGCGCCGGCCGGGCACCAUGACCGCCCCGCCUUGCCCUGUGCCGCGUGCGCGUGAGGAGGAGUGCCUGCCCGGGGUGCCCCGGCACGUGCCGGUGAUGGCGGGCGGCCCCACGUGAGCCCGCCGAGGAGCACGCGACGCCCCGACCAUGCUGCGGAACGGGGCCGGGGCCGGCGGGGGCCACACGUGGAUGCUGUGGUGCUCCACGCGCAGCCGCCUCACGUGGCUGAGCUUCGCGCUCUUCGUGCUGCUGGUGUGCUUCCCACUCAUCGCCCACUACUACCUCACCACGCUGGACGAGGCCGACGAGGCGGGCAAGCGCAUCUUCGGGCCGCGGGCGGGCGGCGAGCUGUGCGAGGUGAAGCACGUGCUGGACCUGUGCCGCAUCCGCGAGUCGGUGAGCGAGGAGCUGCUGCAGCUGGAGGCCAAGCGGCAGGAGCUGAACAGCGAGAUCGCCCGGCUCAACCUCAAGAUCGAGGCCUGCAAGAAGAGCAUCGAGAACGCCAAGCAGGACCUGCUGCAGCUGAAGAACGUCAUCAGCCAGACGGAGCACUCCUACAAGGAGCUGAUGGCGCAGAACCAGCCCAAGCUCUCGCUGCCCAUCCGCCUGCUGCCCGAGCGGGACGACGGGGGCCUGCCGCCGCCCCGGGCCGCCCGCGCCUGCCGGCUGCACAACUGCUUCGACUACGCGCGCUGCCCGCUCACCUCCGGCUUCCCCGUCUACGUCUACGACAGCGACCAGGCCGGCUGGGGCGGUGCCCUGGACCCCUUGGUCAAGCAGGCCUUCCAGGCCGCGGCCCGGGCCAGCGUGUACGUCACGGAGAACGCCGACAUCGCCUGCCUCUACGUGGUGCUGGUGGGCGAGCUGCGGGAGCCCCCCGAGCUGCGGCCGGCCCAGCUGGAGCGGCGCCUGCAGGCGCUGCCCCACUGGCGCUCGGACGGCCGCAACCACGUCCUGGUCAGCCUGGCGCGGCGCUCCCACACCCAGAACCUGCUGUACAACGUCAGCACCGGGCGGGCCAUGGUGGCCCAGUCCACCUUCUACGCCGCCCAGUUCCGGCCGGGCUUCGACCUGGUGCUCUCGCCGCUGGUGCACGCCAUGGCCGAGCCCAACUUCCUGGAGAUCCCCCCGCAGGUGCCCGUGAAGCGCAAGUACCUGUUCAGCUUCCAGGGCGAGAAGCUGGAGUCGCUGCGCUCCAGCCUGCAGGAGGCCCGCUCCUUCGAGGAGGAGGUGGAGGGCGGCCCGCCCGCCGACUACGAUGACCGCAUCAUCGCCACGCUCAAGGCCGUGCAGGACAGCCGGCUGGACCCGGUGCUGGUGGAGUUCACCUGCCGGAACCCGCCGCGGCCCAGCCUGCCCACCGAGUGGGCGCUGUGCGGGACGCGCGAGGACCGCCUGGAGCUGCUGCGGCUGUCCACCUUCGCCCUCAUCAUCGCGCCCGGCGACCCCCGCCUGCUGGUCUCGGCCGGCGGCGCCACGCGUCUCUUUGAGGCGCUGGAGGCGGGCGCCGUGCCCGUGGUGCUGGGCGAGCAGGUGCAGCUGCCCUUCGGGGACGUGCUGCAGUGGCACGAGGCCGCCCUGUUGCUGCCCAAGCCCCGCGUGGCCGAGGUCCACUUCCUGCUGCGCAGCGUCUCGGACGGCGACCUGCUGGCCAUGCGGCGGCAGGGCCGCUUCCUCUGGGAGACCUACUUCUCCACGGCGGACAGCCUCUUCGGCACGCUGCUGGCCGCCGUCCGCACCCGCAUCCAGAUCCCGGCCGCGCCCAUUCGCGAGGAGGCGGCCGCCGAGAUCCCCCACCGCUCGGGCAAGGCAGCGGGCACGGACCCCAACCUGGCCGACAACGGGGACCUGGACCUGGGGCCCGUGGAGACGGAGCCGCCCUACGCCUCGCCCCGCUACCUGCGCAACUUCACGCUCACCGUCACCGACGUCUACCGCAGCUGGAACGCGGCCCCGGGCCCCUUCCACCUCUUCCCGCACACGCCCUUCGACCCUGUGCUGCCCUCCGAGGCCAAGUUCCUGGGCUCCGGCACCGGCUUCCGGCCCAUCGGCGGCGGGGCGGGCGGCUCCGGCAAGGAGUUCCAGGCGGCGCUGGGCGGCAAUGUGCCGCGGGAACAGUUCACGGUGGUGAUGCUGACGUACGAGCGCGAGGAGGUGCUGAUGAACUCGCUCGAGCGCCUCAACGGCCUCCCGUACCUCAACAAGGUCCUGGUGGUCUGGAACUCGCCCAAGCUGCCCUCCGAGGACCUGCUGUGGCCCGACAUCGGGGUGCCCAUCAUGGUGGUCCGCACCGAGAAGAACAGCCUGAACAACCGCUUCCUGCCCUGGGCCGAGAUCGAAACGGAGGCCGUCCUGUCCAUCGACGACGACGCCCACCUUCGUCACGACGAGAUCAUGUUCGGGUUCCGGGUGUGGCGAGAGGCGAGGGAUCGCAUCGUGGGCUUCCCCGGCCGCUACCAUGCCUGGGACCUCCCGCACCAGUCCUGGCUCUACAACUCCAACUACUCCUGCGAGCUGUCCAUGGUGCUGACCGGGGCCGCCUUCUUCCACAAGUAUUACGCCUACUUGUAUUCGUACGUGAUGCCACAGGCCAUCCGCGACAUGGUGGACGAGUACAUCAACUGCGAGGACAUCGCCAUGAACUUCCUGGUCUCCCACAUCACGCGGAAGCCCCCCAUCAAGGUGACGUCUCGCUGGACCUUCCGCUGCCCGGGCUGCCCGCAGGCGCUGUCCCACGACGACUCGCACUUCCACGAGCGCCACAAGUGCAUCAACUUCUUCGUCAAGGUGUAUGGCUACAUGCCGCUGCUCUACACGCAGUUCCGCGUGGACUCGGUGCUCUUCAAGACCCGCCUGCCCCACGACAAGACCAAGUGCUUCAAGUUCAUCUAGCGGCACGACAGGUGGGGACGUGGCCGUGCGAGGGGGCGAGGCUCCCAGGCUCAGAGCGGGAAGAGCAGGAGGCAGUGCGGCCCCUGG